AUGCCUUGGGACCGCCGUGAAGAAUCACCAGGGUACGCACCCCUGGGACUCGGCGACGGUCUGGACGGAAUAUGCGGAAACUACAAGAUCAUUCGCAAGCUGGGCUGGGGGACCGAGUCAAGUGUCUGGCUGGUGGAACGAGUGGCUGCAAAUCAUCCGAACAUGCAGCUUGGAAAGCUGCUCGUGGCCAAGGUGCUGAACAUGCACGCCACCGUGCUCGAGCUCGAUGAAUUCACCUGUCAGGUUCCGCUCUGCAACGAAAUAAACCGGCGUUCUACUCCCGAAGAGAAGGGGUACAUGCACGGUACGGCGUUCACCGUCACUAUGCUUGAUGGCGGUACAGUUUCUACCCGACACGGAGACCACAUCUUCACCAUCAUGCCGCCAAUGUCUACCACAAUGCGCAGCGUAGAGCGUUCGUUCCGGACAGCCAACCCAGAUCGCGAUGUGUUGCUCGCCCGACGCGUUCUCAAGCAGGUCUCCAGCGCCCUUGAGUGCAUGCACCGUUUAGGCUACGUCCAUACAGAUGUCAAGGCUGACAACUUCUUCGUGCCGUUGCCCGACGAGUGCAUCCUGGAGCUGAGGACAUACUUGGAGAGGUUUCCAGCCGCGACGUUGCCUCCCCGCGUGUUUCCAGAGCACGGCCCGGAUCCGGUCACUUGCGUCAGGUCACAGCCUUAUCCCCCCGUUGGGUCUGACCACGAACUGCCCAGGAUUCUGGUCAACCUCGGCGAUUUCAGCAGCACGAUCGAUGCAACAAUGGACACCACCGAUAUACUAGCCAUGCCUAGGAUGCUGCGUGCACCGGAGGUCAUACUGGGACGUCGGUGGGCCCAGCCUAUCGACAUCUGGGCGCUUGGAUGCUGGGUUGCAGAACUGUUGCUCCGCGAUAGGCUAUUCUUUCCCGGAAAACAUCCAGACGGGACGGCCGUGAGCUACAGCGAGCACCUCUCGCAAAUGGUUGAGGUGCUCGGACCGUUCUCUGAGAAGACCCUGGCGAAGUGCCCGAGGCGAGACGAUGCCUUCGAUACCCAAGGGUUGCCAAAGCCCAUCCACGGGACGCAGCGGUUCAAUCUGCCCCCCCUCCGCCAGCGUCUCGCGGCGGCCGGGCUUACUGGUACGACGCUCAACGAAGUCGAGGCCCUUCUAUGCCGGAUGUUGCGGCUGGAUCCGGACGAGCGGGCCACGGCGAGCGAGGUCCUCGCGGAUCCAUUCAUACACCGCUUUAAUUUGACCACGAACAGUCUCUUGUAA